AUGGACUCUACUCUUCUUUUCCGCAUCCAGCGACGUGCCCGACGUGGCCGGGCCGGGCCGCAGCCCGUCGACCCCAUUCUCCUCGACAUCCACAACGGCUUUUGUGCGUACGUCGCCAGCACCUUGUCCGCGACCCUCGGCCCUUUGUAUACAAGUACACCCAUACAGACAGAAUCGAAAUCUUGUACCCAGCAGCAAGCUACCGCUGCCGCUACGACACCCGCACCAACGACCAACGCUCACCUCGUCCACUUCCGGCCGGCCGAGCGUCUCACGACCACGGGCUGCUGGUGCCCGAACCCGUCCAAACCACGGCCACACUACUGGCAAACCUGCACGUGCUUCAUCCCACAGCCCAUUGUGGCCGCCGGGGCCGCCGUCACGCCGUGCCCGCACCUAACGUCUGUGCCCGGGCCCGACACCUUUGCCUACCGCCCGGACGCGCCACCGGCCGCCGACACAGUGGCGCACCUCUUCUGCUUCGACCCGCUGGCGGCGAGCGCCGCGUACAUGCGGUGGUUUCUGGCCGUGCAGGGCCCGCCCGACACGCCGCCCUCCGAGGACGAUGCCACAUACCUCGGCCGCUGGCUAACCGACUGCUACUACACUGACGACCACUACCGCGGCUACGGCGUGACGAACCCUUACCUGCCGCAGAAGGACCGCAGCACGGGCCGGCCGGCGUACGAUGCCCGCUGGGAGGAGGUGCCGGCCACGGACGAGCUUGCGCACGCACACUACCGCCUCGUUAGCCGCUUCUUCAUGGAGCUGCGCGGGGAGCCGCCCAAGGCGAGCCGCGCCGGCUGCUGGUAUGAUGCAGAGCGCGUGCAUGCUGUGAUUCGCUGGGAGCGCAUGACCGUCCAGGAGACCAUGGACGCGUUUCUGCCGUUUAUUUGCUCUCGAGGAUUGAUCUGCCAUGCCUUCCACCACAGCUUGCCAGCUGCGGCUGGGGUGCCCGAGGACCAGCUUCGAGAAAUUAUCCACCAUGUUUUCCUUACGCCUGGACAUCCUCAGAAUGGGGAUAAUGUCAAAUUUGCUAGAGAAGCUGAUGCGGCCUUGUUGGGCCUUGUAUACGAUGCUUUACGCUUCUUUAGCUCUCGUGUCACUGCGGACGCCAGUAAGGCUGUCGACCGCGCUUGCGAGGCCAUUGGCUUUCUCCGUGAUUCAAAGAACAGCUCGGGAGAUCUGGACCACCACGAGGUACAACAGUCCUUGGCUAAGCUUUCAAAAUCAGUUUCCUUUUCCUAA